AUGUUGGACAACGAGGACCAUCUGUUGGAGAACCACCCGCGGGAACUCACCCAGAACCCGCUGAAGAAGAUCUGGAUGCCGCAUAAGAACAGCCACAUCGGGCACAGACGGGUAUGCAUGACAAACUGCCCAACGCUCAUCGUCACCGUCGGACUUCCCGCCCGAGGAAAGACGUACAUUUCUAAGAAGCUCACCCGCUACUUGAACUGGAUAGGCGUGCCAACCAAAGAGUUCAACGUCGGUGAUUAUCGGAGAGAGUGUCUGAAGAUCUACAAGUCCUUCGAGUUUUUCCGUCCAGAUAAUGAAGAGGGCGUUAAAAUCAGACGUCAGUGUGCGAUGUCUGCGCUGAAUGAUGUGCGGCAGUACCUGAGUGUCGAAGGAGGACAGGUUGCUGUGUUUGACGCCACAAACACGACAAGAGACAGAAGAGGAACCAUCAUGAAGUUUGCUGAACAGAACGGGUUCAAAGUAUUUUUCGUGGAGUCUGUGUGUGAAGACCCAGAGGUCAUUGCACAAAACAUCGUGCAAGUAAAGCUGGGAAACCCAGACUACAUGAACUGCAGCUCAGAGGAGGCCAUCGAAGACUUCAUGGAGAGAAUAAAGUGCUACGAGACCUCCUACCAGCCUCUGGACGAAGACCUGGACAGCGACGUGUCUUACAUAAAGAUCAUGGAUGUGGGCCGUCGGUACCUGGUGAACCGAGUUGUUGACCACAUCCAGAGCCGGAUCGUCUACUACCUGAUGAACAUCCACAUCACUCCGCGCUCCAUCUACCUCUGUCGCCAUGGCGAGAGCGACCUCAACAUCAAGGGACGCAUUGGAGGAGACUCCGGCUUGUCUUCCAGAGGGAAAGAGUUUGCCAAACGCUUGAGGAGCUUCCUUGAAGAGCAGAAAAUCAAGGAUCUGAAGAUCUGGACCAGCCAGAUGAAGAGAACCAUCCAGACAGCAGAGUGCCUCGGCGUCCCGUACGAACAGUGGAAAUCCCUCAACGAGAUCGACGCCGGUGUGUGUGAAGAAAUGAUGUACGAGGAGAUCCAGGAGCAUUUCCCUCUGGAGUUCGCAUUGAGAGACCAAGACAAGUACCGCUACCGCUAUCCGAAAGGAGAGUCGUAUGAAGAUCUGGUGCAGCGGCUGGAGCCUGUGAUCAUGGAGCUGGAGAGACAGGAGAACGUCCUGGUCAUUUGUCACCAGGCCGUGAUGCGCUGCCUGCUGGCGUACUUCCUGGACAAGACUUCACAUGAGUUGCCUUAUCUCAAGUGUCCUCUGCACACCGUCUUAAAGCUCACACCCGUUGCUUAUGGAUGUAAAGUGGAGUCUGUGUAUUUAGGCGUGGAGUCUGUGAACACACACAGAGACCGACCAGAGAACGUGAACGUGCAGCGCAGCACCGAAGACGCUCUGCAGACGGUCCCAGCUCACCUCUAAUAUAUCUGGGAUCGCUGCUCCAGCUGGAACCUCACUCGGUGUAAACGACGCCCGCUCUGCAGCUUCGAUCCACUCCAUGCAGUACUUUUAGUUUCUAUUGGGAGAAAUCCAUUCCUUAAUCUGUGAGGCCACUGUCACUGGUGCUACAAUACUCCCAUCAGUAUCAUCUGUGACUGUGUUGCUGAGUCCUGUGUGUGUACCGUCACGCGCUUCUGUCGACUUGGAAGAUGUUUUAAAUCAACUGAAAAACUCAUAACUCCAGAAGGACCUCAUAAUAGUGUAUUUCACAAAUACGUGUUCUUUUUUAGACCGUUGUUUUAUUUUUACUUACUGUAUUAUAUUUUAUACUGAAGCUAUAAAGGAAGAAA